CAAUGAAAUCGACAUGAAAGAUGAUGAGCGCCUGAACUUGCUGCAAGAUGGAACGCUAAUGAUCCAAGACACCAGAGAAUCAGACAAGGGCGUCUACCAGUGCAUGGCCAAGAACGUCGCUGGAGAAGUCAAGACUCAAGAAGUUGUCCUGCGUUACUUCGGCAACCCAACCAAGCCCAGCUUUGUCAUCCAGCCCCAGAACACGGAAGUGUUGGUCGGGCAAAGCGUCACCUUGGAAUGCGGGGUGUCGGGACACCCCCAGCCGCGCAUCGUCUGGAGGCUGAGCUCAGGGUCCCCGCUGCCACAAGACUCCCGCUUCACCAUCACCAGCUCCGGGGGUCUCUACAUCCAGAACGUCACCUUCUCAGACCAGGGGCAAUACAGCUGCAACGCCAGUAACAGCGAGGGGUCCAUCCAGGCGACGGCGAAUGUCAUUGUACAAGAUACUCCAAAAUUUUCAGUGGUCCCCACUGACCAGACUGUGACCGAGGGCCAAAGCGUGGACUUCUCUUGCUCUGCUGAGGGUCAUCCUUCGCCUGUUAUCACCUGGACACGAGCAGGUGGGCCUUUGCCAAGCGACCGGAGACACAGCAUCCUCUCCACCGGCACCCUGAGGGUGAUCAGAGUUGCUCUUCACGACCAAGGCCAGUAUGAAUGCCACGCCAUCAGUGCUAUCGGCGUCCGGAGCUUUCCAGCGCAACUCUGGGUGACUCCACGAGUGAUUCCAGUGUUCCUUCAUCCACCCCAAGAUAGGGUGGCAGAGACCGGGCAAGACAUAGACAUUACCUGUGCUGCCCAAGGGGAGCCACAGCCCACCAUAACGUGGGCCAAGGAAGGAAUCCAGAUCACAGAGAGCGGGAAAUUCCAGAUCAGCCGUGAAGGGACCCUCUCCGUACGAGAUCUGGGGAAGGCCGACCAAGGGAGAUACGAAUGCAUAGCCAGAAAUACCUUUGGGUUCACCUCCAGCACAAUGCAGCUGACCAUCACUGCAACCAAUGUUGUCCGGAGCGGAGACACCUUCGUUGCCACCUCAAUCCGGGAAGCCAUCAGCAGUGUGGACCAUGCGAUCAAUUCUACCCGAACCGAGCUGUUUAGCAAGAGGCCCAAAACUCCUAACGAGCUGCUCGCCCUUUUCCGUUAUCCACGGGACCCGUACACCAUCGAGACCGCCCGGGCCGGUGAGAUCUUUGAAAGAACCCUACAGCUGAUUCAAGAACACGUGCAGCAGGGAUUGGUCGUGGACAUGAACGGAACAGGCUACCGCUACAAUGAUUUGGUCUCGCCUCGCUAUCUGAACAUGAUUGCCAACCUUUCUGGCUGUUCUGCCCACCGGCGCACCCCCAACUGCUCAGAUAUCUGCUUCCACAAGAAGUACAGGACCCACGACGGCUCAUGUAACAACCUCCAGCACCCCAUGUGGGGAUCGUCCCUCACUGCAUUCCAGAGGCUGCUCAAGCCGGCUUACCAAAACGGUUUCAACCUCCCUCGAGGCUUCUCCAUGGUGGAAGAGGCCCGGGAUCUCCCUCUUCCCCUCCCUCGUUUGGUUUCCACCGCCAUGAUUGGCACAGAGACCAUAACCCCGGACGACCAGUUCACGCACAUGCUGAUGCAGUGGGGCCAGUUCCUUGACCACGACCUGGACCAGACGGUGGCCGCUAUCAGCAUGGCGCGUUUCUCGGACGGGGAACUCUGCAGCCAGGUGUGCACCAAUGACCCUCCUUGCUUCUCCAUCAUGAUCCCAGAAAAUGACCCCCGGGUGAGGAAUGGCCGUUGCAUGUUCUUUGUUCGCUCCAGCCCCGUUUGUGGCAGCGGGAUGACUUCUCUGCUGAUGAACUCUGUCUAUGCCCGGGAGCAGAUUAACCACCUCACCUCUUUCAUUGAUGCUUCCAACGUCUAUGGCAGCACCGAACACGAGUCCCUGGAACUAAGAGACCUCGGCAACCAGAGAGGCUUGCUGAAACAAGGCCAAGUGGUCCCCAGCUUUGGGAAACCCCUUCUCCCAUUUGCGAUUGGGCCUCCCACGGAGUGCAUGAGGGACGAGAGCGAGAGCCCCGUCCCGUGUUUCUUGGCAGGGGACCACCGAGCCAACGAACAGCUGGGCCUGACCUCCAUGCACACCCUGUGGUUCCGUGAGCACAACCGUGUGGCCACCAAACUUCUGGCCUUGAAUCCCCACUGGGACGGGGACACCAUCUACCACGAAGCUCGCAAGAUCGUGGGCGCUCAGAUGCAGCACAUCACCUACUCCCACUGGCUCCCCAAGAUCCUUGGGGAAGCUGGGAUGAAGCUCUUGGGAGAGUAUAAAGGCUACGACCCCAACAUCAAUGCCGGAAUCCUGAAUGCGUUUGCGACAGCCGCCUUCCGCUUCGGCCAUACCCUUAUCAACCCCCUUCUCUACCGGUUCAACGAGACUUUCCAACCCAUUCCACAAGGCCACGUCCCACUUCAUAAGGCCUUUUUCUCCCCUUUCAGGAUUAUCCAGGAGGGGGGCAUUGAUCCUCUUCUCCGUGGACUCUUUGGGGUCCCCGGGAAAAUGCGGGUCCCCACUGAACUCUUGAACAUGGAGCUGACGGAGAAGCUCUUCUCUAUGGCUCACUCUGUCUCUCUUGACCUGGCGGCCACCAAUAUCCAAAGGGGACGAGAUCAUGGCAUCCCUCCGUACAACGAUUUCCGGGUCUUCUGCAACCUCACCCCUGCUCAGGAAUUUGAUGACCUCAAGAAUGAAAUUAAAAACCUGGAGAUCCGGGAAAAGCUCAGGAGUUUAUAUGGGAUUACUAAGAAUAUUGACCUGUUUCCUGCCCUGAUGGUGGAGGAUCUCGUCCCUGGCACCAGGGUCGGACCCACGCUGAUGUGCUUAUUUGCGACGCAGUUUGCAAGACUCCGCAAUGGAGACAGGUUCUGGUACGAGAAUCCGGGUGUGUUCACCCCAGCCCAGCUCACGCAGAUAAGGCAGACCUCACUCGCCCGCGUCAUCUGUGACAACAGUGACCACAUCAGGCAGCUGCAGAAGGACGUGUUCCGGGUGGCGUCGUACCCUCAGGGCAUGGUCGGCUGCGAUGAAAUCCCGGAAAUGGAUCUACGCAUGUGGCAGGACUGCUGUGAAGACUGUCGGACGAGGGGCCAGUUCAGGGCUCUUUCGCAGCAGUUCCGAAACAAGAGAGCUUCCGGCUUCAGCUAUCCAGAAGAAAACCCUUCCAGCGCCAAGCCUCGAGAUCCAAGAACGGAGGGACCUUCUCUGAAACACUCGCAAGAAGAGGACCUGGAACCUUUAGUCAACGAACUUGAGAAAACAGUCUCCGCUCUCCGAAAACAGGUCAGUUCCUUGGAGGGUCAACUGAGGCUGCAUGAAAGAAGCUUGGGCAAGUAUGGCCGGCAGCAGAAGACGGAAGCCAAGCAGAGGACAAGAUGACCCGCCCUUCUUGGUGCUAAUGUCAUUCCAAGGGAUGGUCAACUCGCCGUUCGGUCGGGAAAGCCUGUUUCCCUCCAAGAGAGACCCCCUGCUACAGCGUCACUGCCCGGCCCCCACUGAAUCAUGGGUGUGCCCCCAGGUCACCUGUGCUUCUCAGAACCCCUCCCCUGCUACACUGAUAGACCCCAAACUUCUCCCGUUCCUGCACUCUGGAGUCCAAUCCCUCUCGUCCCGUGUCUCAGAAGGAACUUCUACGCUGUCUUGCUUGGGGAACGACGGCAGCGGUCUUCCGGAUCCGUCCCCAGAAGGACGCUUCCCACACACCCCAUCUUGACGUGGACCCCCCGUUUUGGAAUAAAUAAUAAGUGACUACUUCGCUUUCUACCUGACGUUCCAGACUGGUCGGCCUUUCAAAGACAGGCUCUGAAACGUGGUAUCUCCAGACGCCGCCGAGGAAACAUUCGGGCAGAGACGGAGUUCGCUGCGUUCUGCGAAAAUUUCGAACAUUCGAGAAGCCGAAAUGAGAAAAUCGUCAACUGGGUUGUAAAAAGAAGCAGGUGAAGGCCUACAAUUGAGGAAAGGGACAAGAAGGGACCCGUCUGUAGGAAAUUGCUUCUGCCGUUCCUGGUGUGCAGUGACCUACGUUUGGAAAAAAAAACCACCCGGAAAUAAGGUUGAUUGAAUUUCCCCGGAGGCUGCCGCCUUUAUCAGUCAUUUGGAGACUCUUGGCAACACCUGGAAUAAACACCUGCCCGGAACGUAUCGUCCUUUGCUGUCGAAUGCUAAUGAUGACGGACAUGCUUUUCCUUGGGCUGUGUCCCUUCAGUUUCCUCGGCUCCUUCCACGAGAGAAAUCUCUAGCCGCCUCGACGGCACGAGGUUUUUAAUAACACGGUGCACGGAAAGCACAGAGGCCUCUGCGAAAUGGCGGAAGGAAAUUGCUUCUAAGUAUCUGUUCUCAGACCAGAUUUCCUGGGUAUAAGCUGUGCUCCUGUGGUGUGGUGGUUAGGAGUGGUGGGCUGUGAUCUGGAGAACCAAGUUUGGUUCCUCACUCCUCCACACGAGCGGCAGACGUUUAUCUGGCAAACCACAUUUGUUUCUCCAUUCCUACACAUGAAGCCUGCAGGGUGACCUUGGGUUAGUCCCGGUUUUCCGAGAACCCAGUCAGCCCCACCUACCUCGCAAGGUGUCUGUUGUGGGGAGAGGAAGGGAAGGAGUUUGUAAGCCGCUUUGAGACUCCUUACAGGAGAGAAAAGUGGGGUAUAAAUCCAAACUCUUCCUCUUUUGAGAGUUGGUGCUUAUGCCCAGGAAAUCUUGUUCGUCUUAAAGAUGCUAUUGGACUCAAAUCUUGCUCUCCCGUGGGAGACCAAUGUAGCUACCCAAGAUGGCUACCCAACUGCUCUUGGAUGUGCAUUAAAUCCACAUUCCAGUCUGGCAGCCAUCUAUGCCAGAGGUGUCUAACCUAUGACCCUCCAGAUGUUUAUGGAAUACGAUUCCCAUAAGCUCUGCCAAUUGGCCAUCCUGGCAAGGGCUGAUGGGAAUCUUAGCCCAUGGACAUCUGGAGGGCUUUAGGUUGGAGACCCCUGAUCUACGCUGUGCCCGUCCCGUUUCAACCUACAGACAAGAAAUGGAAAACUCAAUCCACACAGAGUAGGAAAUAAACUUUUCUUUGUUGCAUCAAUCUUGUGUUGACUGGAUCAUGCGGCGUCCUUUCCGCAUCAGGGCCAAUGAACAUGCCGGGGUUGAAGGUGGAAACGAAUCCCAGGUUGGGCUAGCGGACUUUGCCCGGAUCACUGCCUCCCUGGAAUGCGAAGUCCGGGAUUCGCGCAUCCCCCCCACCAACCCGGGUUUUACAAGAAUCGUGAUUUGUGCGAUUCUUUGGUUUUAACGCGCCUCACAGCCACAGCCGAAUGAACGGCCUCGGGUGGGAGGUGCAUUAUGUGUCUGCGCUUUUGGGGUUUUUUUUUUACUUCCGGCUGACAUCUGUGGAGCCACGCUGACAACUCUGGCAUCAGCAAGGCUCUGGGGGUGCAUGGGUGCCUCCAUGCAGAGCUGCGCAUCGGUGGGCGGUAGGACAAAAAAACCCCACACACCUCCGUGCGAAGGCACUGUGGUGACCCGUGUUAGCUCCAGGGCCGCCCACAUGGAGGUGUGUGAAUGGCCCGGGUUGCGCCAGGCUCAUGUACCCCGGCUGCCCCCACUUAGUUUUGGCCGUGCAGAAAGGGCGUAUGACCCACUGGUCCUGCUAGCAUUCAAACAACUGAUGCACAAACAAGGGAAGUGUUUGUAUCAGUGCACCCCACAGCUGUCCCUGUGGAGUGGAACUGCCACGGCUUGCCUCAAGGAACCCUGGGAAAUGUAGUUCUGUGAAGGCGCUGAAAUAAUUUGCGGCACCUUCCAGAACGAUGCUUUCUGAGGUCAUUUGGAAAAAGCCCUGCUCAUUAAACUGGUCUCAUGCCUGUAAUGCAGAUGUCGUUCAAAGAGUAUGAUGGGGUGGCCAACCUAUGGUGCUCCCAGAUGUUCGUGGACUACAAUUCCCGUCCAUUGGCCAUGCUGGCAGGGGCUGGUGGGAACAUCCAUGAACAUCUGGAGCAUCAUAGGUUGGCCGCCCCUGGAGUAGGACACGCAUUACACUAGUGAGCUCCAGGAUCAUCCCGUACACUUGUCCUGAAGUGCCAACCAAUGCAAUGUAUCCGUCAUUUGUGUUUAUUGCACCAACUCCGAAGCUGAGAUUAGAAAGACACACGAAUGCAAUUCUUGAAUUUGAUUUAUGGUGCUGUUUUGCUAUUUUGAGGUGCUUAUUUUGUAAAAUAAACAAUGGUGCUACAAUA